AAUAUUAAAUGUCACAAUACUUAUUAGCUCCCUCAUUAAUUAAUUUGUUUAACUCUCUCUUGCGCGGACAGACCAACCCGGAAGUGCGGGAGAACGCCGGGCCGCGACCGACACGGAGAAGACCGCUGGCGGAGGGACAAGGAGACGGAGCAGCAGCUAACAGAUGGUGUGUGCAGCCUUGCGGGAAGAAGAAGGUGGAGUCUGAUGGAAGUGAUUGUAGUGCUGGACACGCUGAGUGAGGAGCGGAGCUGAAGCUGAGUAACGGAUGCAAACUGUGUGGUCACACUGGGUGGCGAGAGCAGCGCUGCGGAACAGAAGCAACAGGGUGCUACCGAAGUGCAGAGAACAGGAUAAGUGGGCGUGAAAUGUCGCAGCCACAGACCGGAAACCGCCAGGCCUACUGAAAGGCGUGGAUGCCGCAGCCAUCUUGAGCAGCAGGGAUCCGCUGAGACAAGUACUGCUAGCUUGGUUAAUCUUAACUGAAAUCUUCUGGGGCAUAGAGGGGGAGGAACCAGAUGUUCUGAAGAAAUUUAAAGUGCCAGGCUAUGCUUAUCACCCAUCUAUACCCCAAGGUAUAUACUCCAGUGUCCACUAUGAAAUCGGAGAAAAGUAUUUAUCGGAGCAAAGGACUGCCACUCCAGGAAAGCAGAAAUCAAAUCACAGUUAUAUACACAUCACUGGGCUAAUCUGCUUUAAUAAGAGACAUGGAUGCAAACCGUGAAUUCUGGGCUGGAUUCAUCGAUCUCUACCAGGCCAAUGAGUGCUUGUGGCGUGUGGGAACAAGGGAUUACGCCAACAGAGGAAAGAAAAAUCUGGCAUACCAGCAAUUGGCCAGGUACAGCCUUGCCCAAGAUAGUGGUGCCGACAUCAAGUGGGUGAAGAGGAAGAUCCAGAAUCUGAGGACAGUAUUUCUUAAGGAGCACAGGAAAUACAAAGAUUCCCAACGUUCAGGAGCGGGGUCAGAUCAAGUCAAGAAGCCAACAUUAUGGUAUUAUGACUUGAUGAAGUUCGUAUUGGAUGAGGAGCCUUCGAGGACAGCGCGGAGCACGGAGGAGCCGAACACGCCCGAGAUGUUCGAGCCUGAGGAAGAGGAGAGUGUGGAUCCGCUGUCUUCGAGGGAGCUGGACGUGGAACCUGCAGUGGAUGAGCCGGCAGACCAAGCCACUGUAAGGCCGGAGCUGGAGGAGAGUGAGGCGGCGAUGGGAACACCCCAGCUUCCGGCUAGAAGGAGAUGCCGGCCAGCUAUCCCUAGAAGAUCUGUCUCGUCCAGCAGGUCAGAUACAAUUCUGACGCAGGCAGAGGAGGUCCUAAAAAACAGACCGGAUAGAUUUGAAGCUAUUGGAGACCAUUUAGCAUGUGAGUUGCGGGAGAUGAACCCCACUCAGCAAAAAUACGCCCAGCGUCUGGUAUAUGCCAUUAUAUCACAUGGCCAGGAUGAUGAAUUGACCAACCACAGUGGCGUUGUGUUAGAUACCAGACAGGUGCCUAGUACAUCUUAUGCCCCUCCCCCAACUCACCCUCCCAUGUAUUCUGCGCCGGUAAUUCCUCCUCAACAAUACCCCACAUAUCCUGCUCCGGGUUACCAAAUGCCACAAUCCCCCUUCCCUGGCACCUCUUCAGGUGGAGUGUUCACCACUCUGUUGAGUGCACACUCCACUGUUCAAGGCGACCUAAAUUUUUAAUAAAAAUGUUUUUGAAUUUUUGAAUUUGCGUUUAGGUUUGCUGUCUUCAGAUUUGUAUUUGACCUUCCUCAUCCAAUAUGUUUUUUCUUGAAGUCAAUUGUACCAUAAUGUUGGUUUUCUACACUUCAUUUGACCCUGUAAUAGAACGUUGGGAAUGCUUUUAUUUCAUGUGCACUUUUGAAAUACUGUCCUCAGAUUCUUUUACCUCUACUUCAUCCCCAGUUAUGUUGGCACCACUGUUUUUGCUGCACUGUAUCUGGCUAAUUGUUGGAAUGCCUGAUGCCUCUAUUGGUGUAAUCCCUGCUGUCAUGGCACUCAUUGGCACAAAAAUCGAUGAAUCCAGCCCAGAAUGUUUCUAAUUUAUUAUUUUUCUAAAAUUUAUAAUUACAAAUUGUUACUAAAAAUUGUGUGGAGUCUUUAUUUAUGGGUAGUGCUAAAAGGUUUACCAGGUAUACACUGCACCAAACAAACUACAGAGUAGAUAUGCAGUGAUUUUAAAUGGAUGCUGUUAUUUAUUGUACAAAGAAGACCUGCCCACAUUCCUAAAA